AUGGGUGAUGACACUCAAUCGGGUAAUAAUAUAGAACACAAACAAACAGAUGAUACUCAAAAUUUGGAUACAAAACAAAUUGAUGUGGAACCAAUCACCAAUCAGUCACAAGGUUCACCAGCCAUUGAGGAAAAUGAAAAUCAAUCACAACAAACAAAUCAACCUCCAGAAUCUGGGAAAGCCAAGGUCCAAGUUGUAGAAGAAGAUAAUAAGGAGAAUCUGAUUCUCGAAACUGGGGACGAUCUGAUGAUACAAGAAGAUCCUCAUACUUCAUUUUUGCAACCUUCACUGAAUGAUAAACAAUAUACCACGCCGUCCAAAUCACUACCACCUUUGAAAGACCAAGAUUUAAUAGUGACUCCAAAACUUUUUGAAGUGGCUGAAGAUAAUAUUGAGAACCAUCAUAUGGAAGAUUCAACAGCGAUAGUUGCAAGUUCACCAUUUCGAAAUAAUAUUUUAUCAGAAUCUGUAAGUUUGGAUGAAGAUUCAAAAUAUAUUGCAAAAACUUUAGGACUCAAUUCGAAGAUAUCUGCAAUAAAGGAUAAAGCUGCGAUAAAACUGAUAGCAUCUUUAGCCAGAGAGUUUGAAAGUAUAAUGUCUAAAAAUGAAAGAUUGAAAAAUGAAGCAGAACUGAGCUCGACUAUUAUAAAAGGAUUGAGGCAGCAAUUGUCGGACUUGAGCAAAGUUCAGCUGACAUUUGAAAAGGAAAAUUCAAACAUCAUGUUACAACAUAUUGAAGAUGAAAAACGAUUCAAAGAAAUUCAAAACAAAUUAGAUUUAAAACUUGCUGAAAUUAAAAAAUCAGAAGAAGUAAAGAAUGCUGAAAUUAGGGAUUUGAAAGAAAAUCAGAGUCAAAUGGAAGUUAAAUAUUUACAAAAAAUAGAAGAAGCAUCAACAAUUAAUGUGGAACAAAGUAAGAAGAUAAACCAACUAAUAUCACAAUAUAAUAAAUCAGAAAAUGAAAGAUUUAAUAACAAACUCGAACUAACAAAGGCUCAAAAUGAAAUAAAUUAUUUACAAAAUCAAAAAGACUGGUUAAAUAAAGAACUUGAGUCUUCUCAAAUUAAAAUAUCCAAUUUAAUGAAGAAGCAUGAGUCGGAUAGACUUAGGAAUGAUACCGAGACAUCUGAUUUGGAGCAUAAAGCACAGAAAUUAGAAUUAUCUUAUCAAAAUCAACAAAAAAUAAUAAACGAAUUAAAUAAAUCAUUGGAGACUCAAACCAACAAAUUUUUGGAAUUAGAGAAAAAAUCAAAAGCUAUUGAAAAUAAAUAUUCAAAGGAAGCUAGUGCCACAAAAGAACUACUAGAACUUACGAAAAUUCAGAGUGAUCAACGUCAAGAUAGAAUUGAACAAUUGGAGGCUUACUCAGAUGAUCUCAAAAUCAAAUCUGACCAAUCAAUAACAAGUCUACAGCUGACGGUAGCAUUUCAAAACUCAGAAAUUCUGGAGUUAAAUGAAAAAGUUGAAAGAUUAAAAUCUGCUUUAGACUCAAAAUUGGAAUUUCCAUCAAAUGGUACAAUCGAUGAAGUUGGAAUAUCACUAACUGAUUUAUAUACGGAAUACAAUCAUAUUAAAAAACAAUUAGCAAUAGAAAGGUCACAGAAAGAAGAUACUGAAAGACAAUUGGAAGCAUUCGUAGUUGAGUUAGAUUCAAAAAAACCAGCAAUGGCAAAUUAUAGAGAUCAAAUAACAUUUUAUGAAUCAAGUCUAACGGAAAUGCAAACUACGGUUGAUACACUUCGUUCUGAGAAAUUAGAUAUCGAAAAGGAUUGUAAAAGAUUAAGGUCAAGAGUAGUAGACAACGAAAAUGAAAUUACAAGCAUGAAAAAAACAAUACAAGAUUUAGGGCGACAAUUGUGUUAUUUCCUAAUACAUUCACAAAUCAAAGAAAAUAAUCAAGAGCCUUUAUCAUUAGCGGAAAAGAAUUAUAUAGAAAAAAUAUUGGCAAGUACAGGAAAUUUUGAUGAUGUGAAUGAAUCACAAUCCGAUAUAUUACUUCGAGAUAGACUAUUGAUUUUUAAAAAUGUAAAAGAAUUAUUUGAUAAAAAUCAGGAAUUGUUUUCGACUGUAAGACAAUUGACGAAAAGAUUGGAGAAUUUCGAACAAGAAAAUGACAAUAUAGAAUCAACGGCAAUAGAUGAAGCUGAGGAUGCUAUUUUAUCUCUCGAUGCAGAAUUGGAAAAAGUCACCAUCAAAUUGAAUGCUGUUACAAAAGAAAGAGAUGCACUCAAAAGGUUUAACGACAAAUUGGCAAAUGGUGCUGAUUCGAAUAAAUCAAUAGCAGAAGCACAUGGUAAUGAUCAAGAAUUUGAAAAAGUAUUAAAGAAAGUAAAAGCGGAAUCUGCUAAAUCAAUUGAAAACUUAAACAGAGAUAUUGAAAGAAUUACUAGAGAAAAAAUAGAACUUGCUUCCCAAUUAUCAUUAACACAAAAAUCAUCUGAAUUCCUCGAAACCAAAUUGCAAUCUAGUCAGAAAGAAGUAGCUUCCGCAGUAACUGAAAAAGAUCAAAUCAAAUUAGAUUUAAACCAUAUUAAGAAAAGAUAUGAUACAUUCGAAAAUCAUUUGAAUGAGAAAACUCAGAGGUGUCAAGAAUUAGAAUUACAAUUAUCUGAACUCCGGUUGUUGAAUUCAUCACUCACUCAAGAAAAAGAGUUCAAUAAAGAAAUCAAUACGACAUUGAAACAAGAAAUAUCUUCAUUAAGAGAAGACAAAGCAAAAGUCAACGAUACAAAUGAAAACUUGCAAAACAUGCUUAGAGAUAAGAAUUUAACAAUAAUUAAUUUAACAAAUCAAAUCAAUGAAUCGAAUGAAGCAAUUAAAUCAAUACAAUCCAAGGUAAAUGAAAAGGAAGAAAAAAUUCAAAUUUUAUUGAGUCAAUCGGAGAUGUCAUUCAAAGCACAGAAUACCAAUUUGGAACAAAUAAAUGAAUUAGCUACUCAAUUGUUGCAAUAUAAAAAUGAUUUGAUGAACAAAGAAAAAUUGAUUGAACAACUUAAAAAAUCAGUAUUGACAGAUUUAACGGCUCCUGAAAUUGAAAAAUUGAAUACAGAUUUAUUGAAUAGUAAAAACCGUAUAACCCAGUUAACAGAAAUAAUUCAAUCGAAAGAAGACUUAUUGGUUGAGGCAAAUAAAGCUUUUAAAAUAGAUAAAGAUAGUUUUGAAGAAAAAAUGAAAGUUCAAGUUGAUGCAAACAAGGUUGUGGAAGAGAAAGUAGUUAAAUUAACAGCAGAUAUUGAUACUAAAGAGGAAAAAAUAUUGGCAGCUGAGCGUCAAAUUGGUGAGAUUGAAAAUAAAAUGAAAGAAAUGUCUGAAAAAUUGGAAAAAGCUGAUGGUAAUGAAAAAAUAUAUCAAGAGCGACUCAAAAAUCUCAAUAGUAGUCUAACCAAUGAGAAGAAUAUUGCUAAUGUUUUACAACAAAAGUUACAAGAUGAGUCAAGUAAGAACCAACCAUUAACUCAACAAAUUGAAACUUUGAAAACUCAAGCUGAAGAAAAUGAGAAAACAAUUAAAGAGUUGAAAACUCAAAAUGAUAGAAUAAAACAGAUUGAGGAUGAAAUGGAUACUAAUAAAGCAAAUUUUGAAACUGAAAAAUCCAUAUUGGACAAAAAAAUUAGUGAGUUGGAAAAUCAAAAUAAACUUUUAUUAAAUCAAUUGGAAUUAUCAAAUACAAACCGUGAAAGUGCUGAUGGUUCAGAUGAUCUUAAACAAAUACUUGAGUAUUAUCGCCGUGAAAAAGAGAGUGUUGAUUUUAAAUUAUCUACCCUAGAAGAAGAAAAUUCUAGCUUAAAAAAUAGGCUAAUUGAAGCUAGUAAAGUUAGUGAUGACUCAUCACCAAAUCAAUCCUUGAGUGUUACCAACAAUGAUAAAGAGCAAGCUUUAUUAAGUGAACAAUUAGAUCAAAUUAAAACAAUUAAACAAGCAAAUGCUGGUUUAACUCAUGAACUGAAUAAAAAAUCUCAAGAAAUUACAAAAUUGAAAACUGAAUUAACAAAAAUUCAAAAUGAAUUGAACUCGAUUAAACAAAACUCAAAUAAUCUGAAUUCACAAUUGAGUUUUGAUCAACAGAGAUUAAAAUUAUUGACUGAAGAAAAUACCAGGUUAAAAGCUAUAUCAUCUGGUAAAGCAUCAAAUACAUCAAAAGGUCCAAGUCCAGAAAUUUUGAAAAUGCAAGAGCAAAUGGAGAAAUUAAAAACCAAAGCAAAUGAAAGAAUAUUGUCUAUGAGAAAAGAAAUUGAUGCUAAAGAAGAAGAUAAAAAAUCAUUGAAAAAUCAAAUUGAAGAAUUGACUAAAGCUUCCGCUGAUAAAUUGGCUGCUGCUAUUACAGAAAAAGAUGAAUUACAAAAUAAAUUAUCAUCAUUAGAAGCUAGUUUAAAAGCACAGUUUGAAAACGAAAUACAACAACUUCGCUCAACUUUAGUCAAUGGAGAUUCAUCUCAAAAGAAAAUUGAUGAAUUAACGAAAAAAUUAGAAGAGGAAACCAAAUCAUAUCAUUCAAAAUUAGAAGUUGAAAAAGAAAAAAUUAGGCAAGAAGUUGAAAAAAAAUUUGAAUUUAAAAUGAAGAUUUUGAAUAGAAAAAUUGAUAAAUUUGAAUCUGAAGCUAGAGCUAAAAGCGCUCCACAAUUUCCAACUCAAAACCCACCUCAAAAUCAAUUUUCAACUCAACCUCAACUUCCACCACGAACUCAAUCCCAAUCAACUCAACAGACUCAAGCAUCAUCAGUUAAUGUUACACCUACACCAGCUCCAAUUAAUUCUAGGCCCCAACCCCUCAAUUCAUUUGCUUCAACGACAAACCUGCAAACAUUUAAAAAUACCAAUACGACCAAUGGCUCAGAAACUAUUAAAUCAAACUUAACUCCUAGCGUUUCAGAUACAAGUAAUGUUCCUGCUUCUCCAGCCAAAAAUGUCGUGUCGAAUGCUUCCAAUAAGUACGUUAGGGCUACAACUAAUCCUAGCCCACAACCACAACUGAUUUCACAGACUGUAAGACCAAAUACACAACCUACAAUCUCACAAUCUGCUACUACUCAGCAUUCAAUUACUCAAACCCAACCGCAAUCUCAAUCAGGAUCGGAGCGUCAAGGUCAGCUACAACCUCAAUCUCAACCUCAACCUCAAUUUCAACCCCAGUCUCAAUCUGAACUUCAACCUCAAUCUGCGCCUCAAACUCAAAUUCAAGCUCAACCACAACUUCAACCUCAACCUCAACCUCAACCUCAACCUCAAUCUCAAUCUCAACCUCAAUCUCAAGUUCAAGCUCAACCACAAGUGGAAUCUCAAUCUGAACCUCAACUUCAAGUGAAUAUUCAAACUGCGGCAGUCGUUCAAACAAAGGAGGUAAUUGAAACUGAACCAGUACCUCAGCCUAUCCAAGUAGCUGUAUCACAAACAUCAACUCAAUCAAAACCAGAAUUAUUACCAAAAAUUCAAGAGAUUCCCGCGCCACAAAAUCUUAUCAAUGCAAAUACAAAUACAAUUACAAAUACAACAAAGGAUCAAGUUAUUAAACCUACAAGCAUUGAACAACCUACUUCAGAACAACCAUUACUUGUAAAAAGACCAACUAUUGCUAAAACAGAAGCAAGAAAAUCAGCAGAUGCUGCAAAUGCUGCUUUAUUAUCAAAUACUGCUUCGUCUUCAUUAGGUACAAAUACUUUAGAAACAUCAAUUUUUGAAAGAAAAAGAUCAAUUAAUGAUGAAAGGCCCAAAAUCAAAAAAGCUAGAAAUUAA